CCACGUUAUUUGGGCAACCUGCCGUUCAGAGUCUGGAAGAAGAUGCAGGACAUCGUCCAGAAAACUCCUGUGAUUCUGGAUCCAAACACUGCGAAUCCAUGGCUUGUCCUGUCUGAUGAUCUGACCAGUGUGAGAAACUGCAGGAACAAACAACCUCUUCCUGAUAAUCCAGAGAGAUUUGACUUCUAUCCCUGUGUUCUGGGUUCAGAGGGUUUUAACUCAGGAACACACUGCUGGGAUGUGGAGGUUAAACAGAGUCAACGCUGGUGUCUUGGAGUAACUGCAGCAUCAAACCUGGGGAAGGGAUGUGAUUUCUGCAACACUGAUGUCUGGAGUGUGGAGUAUCAUCUGUCAGGACGGUAUAUAGGUUCUGGUUUUCGGGUUAAACGGCAGCUUGAUCGUGUGAGAGUGUAUCUGUACUAUGACAGAGGAACAGUGUCAUUCUCUGAUCCUGUAACUAACACACAUCUACACACAUUCACAGCCACCUUCACUCACACACUCUUCCCAUUCUUCUAUUGUUUUGACUCUCUGAGGAUCUUACCGUUCAAUAGUCAGUAAACGUUACUCUUGUAGGUCUGGAUCUUCCUGCUUUCACCAUGUUACCAAUAUUUCAUACAUAUCUCAUGAGUAAGAGUGCUGUUGAUCUGAAUAUCAGUAUGGUGGCUGUGAUUGGACCGUGAUGAUCAUAUGACUGAUAUCCAGCAAUACAACACUCACACUUUCAUAUUGAUUUAAUACAACCAGGGCCGGAUUAUGAUGCGGCGGUGCCUGGGCACAGAUGGAUUUAAAGGCCACCCUCAGUUGAAAUUAGAGGGCUGCAUUGGGAUUGGGAUCCUCGCGGGAACGGGAGGUUUAACCUUUACUGAGGGCGGGAGUGGACGGUCAAAAAAAUAUAACGCGGAUCCCACCAUCCCACGAUUUGGCGCAUAACAAGAAUGAUGGAGUUACAUAAACACUAGGCUUGCUGCUGUAGUCGUUGUUACUGUGUUUGGUCGUACACCGACGACACGAUGACAUGUUUCAAAUGCCAACACAUGGGACAUGCUGCAAAUCUCUGUAAAGGGAAAAUGCAUUGUGCAAAAUGCGGGGGAGAACAUGUGUAUGGCAAGUGUGAGGAGGGUGUAGAGAUUAAAUGCUGUAAUUGUGGGGAGGACAUAGUGCAGCAUAUGCAGGGUGUCCUGUACAACAAGAAGCUCGAGAAGUACAACAACAACAACAACAAAAAACACAGUACAAAAUUUACCAUAUGCAAAAGCCACCUGUAAGGUAAAAGGUAUAGUUGAAACAAAGAGAACCAAUGUGCAAGGAAUCAGUGCAGAAUCCUGUACACAGAAAGGUGGAAAUCCUGCGAGGAAUGAUUCAGAUCUUCAUUUUAUGAUCAAUAAAACUG